AUGGUGGGUGCUACUUUCGCACUACGAGGGCAUGCAGCCCGCGACUGUGUCCGACUCUUUGUAGUCUGGGCCACGAUUAGUACGCAUCUGUUGCUAUGCUGCUCAGCAACAUCGAACUUCCUUUAUGAUGUAAGGCUCUCCGUUUUCUCGGGGCUAGGUGUCGGCUCACACGUUGAGGGGAAGCAACUGGGACGGCUGGCCAUCCGAGAGUACAGCCGCCCGGCGGAACCCAGAGCAGUUAACUCCAAGAACCAGUUCUCAGGCGGAGCCGGCGGGGCUGCUCCGGCCUUUGCAGAAGGCCCUACGCGUGCGGUUCGGGCCUCGUGGAUUUCCUUCUCCGACAGCGUUCUUUCGUCGGCUGUCGAAGCGGCGACUCGAGAGCAGGAGUCUGCGCAAGCUGAGGAAACGCAGCCCUCCAGCACGUAUCCAUUGCUGUCUCUGCGGCUUGAACCCGUCGCGAACCAAGAAGACGGGAAGAACCAGCACACCAAGAACAUUCCUCCAGCUCUCGAGGCAUCUGCCCCUGUUUUCUCAUUCAUGAGGGAGUCUCCGAGACCCGGGUCUCCGUCAGCUGUGUGCGACACUGAGCCGCCCUUCCUGCUUUCUCUGCACGUCUCGCCUUCCCUUGUUCCUUUCUCUGCUUCCAUUCAACGUGUCCCCGACGGCUCUAGCGGCCAGAUUCCUGCGACUCAAACUCUGGAGGCUGCCCGAUCUUUAGAUACGGGCUCGGCGAACGCAGUUUCUGAGCGCUUUGUGGUAACCUGUCCGGAUGUAGCUCAGGCUUCAAAGGGCCAGAAUGCCGCGCAAUCGCGGAGUAGAGUUCCAGCAUUGCAAGUGGUGUUGCCGCCGACAAAAGCUGCAAAAGAUGCGCUCAUCGUGCCCGCGUACUUCCCUGGAGAGGGCCAGCACCGAGCUCCGUCUGUGGGGGCUCCGGGCCAAGAAGGCGAGGGCGAGAAGCCGGAAGAGCAGCCGUCAUUCUGGAGACGGAACUGGUGGCUUAUUUUGGGAGUUCUCCUCAUGGCGAGUCUCAUGGGAGGCGACUCGGGCGGAGCGUCGCCCCAGAACGAGCAAGGCACCCGAGGCGCCGCUUCCGCAAACCCCAGUCAGCGACCUCGCGAGGGGAUCGACAGAAGAAGGUAG